AUGAGCAAAGCUAUCCCAUUCCAGCAACAAGCUGACGAAGAGGAUGAAAUAUUGAAGAAAUUUAGGAAAGACAACUUUACUAAAUAUGAAGCACUAGAACGUAGAACAUUGGGAAAUAGCCCCACUUCGCCGAUAAGCAUUACAUCAAGCCCUGCAUCGACUUCCAACUCCGCAUCACCAAUCAACAUAUCGACAUGUUCUUUUCAAUUUCCACCUACACCACUGGAAUUUAAUUCGGUCUUCAACCUUCCGGCUCCUGACCAUAUUUUAAAACCCAAUACAAAUACAACAGUACCACCAGCAGCAGUUCUACCUGGAACCUCUACUUCCAAUCAAACCUUAGGGGAGUAUCCCUUGAAGGGAGAACUGAACGCCCUUCGUGAGCUCACUGAUUCCGUUCGCAAGGAUUUGAUACAGACUUCCAUGCUUGCGAAUCAUAUCCAUGAUUAUUUGAAAUGUUUGAACCUUCCGGCACCUGGCUAUACCGCAACACCUAAUACAAAUACAACAGUACCACCACCAGCAGUCCUACCUGGAACCUCUACUUCCAAUCAAACCUUAGGGAAGUAUCCUCUGAAGGGAGAACUGAACGCCCUUUGUGAGCUCACCGAUUCCGUUCGCGUGGACUUAUUACAGACUUCCAUACUGGUGCAUUAUAUUCAGGAUUAUAACAGGAUUAGGGUGUGUCUGAGACAAUCCCACAGAGGAAAAUCCAGUGAUAUAGAUCUUGGAAACAAAUGGGUGACCCCAGAUGGCUUUAUGGGAUGGGUGACCCCAGACAGCUUUAUGGGAUGGGUGACCCCGGACAGCUUUAUGGGAUGGGUGACCCCAGACGGCUUUAUGAGAUGGGUGACCCCAGACGGCUUUAUAGGUUGGGUGACCCCAGACGGUUUUAUGGGAUGGGCUGUGACGUCAUUAUGA